GUAAAAAUUAACACAUUUUAUUUCUUUACGAAGUUUUGUAUGACUGACCUUAGGUGUUAGAACAAUUACCUAAUAAAAAGUGAUAAUUUAGUUUAUUUUUAAUCGUGGCUGUACAUGUUUCCACGUGAAUAGAAUUGUUCCUUUGAAUUACGUUGUGGUGUGAGUUUUUGACGGAGGCCAUCUUUGCAAUCUUCUAUCAAAGGUCCUUGGCUCACCGAAUCGUUGUCUGGUGAGAAACCAGUAUCAUACACAUUCAUUAUAUCAAAUGGCUUUAAAAAGAAUUAAUAAGGAAUUACAAGAUCUCGGUAGAGACCCUCCAGCACAAUGUUCAGCAGGACCUGUUGGAGAUGAUUUAUUUCACUGGCAAGCUACAAUUAUGGGACCACCAGACAGUCCGUACCAAGGAGGGGUAUUUUUUUUAACAAUUCACUUUCCAACAGAUUAUCCGUUCAAGCCUCCAAAAGUGGCAUUCACAACUAGAAUUUAUCAUCCAAACAUAAACAGUAAUGGUAGCAUUUGUCUUGAUAUUCUCCGUUCACAGUGGUCUCCUGCACUUACUAUUUCAAAAGUAUUGCUAUCAAUUUGUUCGUUAUUGUGUGAUCCAAAUCCAGACGAUCCCCUGGUGCCAGAGAUCGCUAGGAUAUACAAAACAGACCGGGAGAAGUACAACGAGCUGGCUCGGGAAUGGACCCGCAAGUAUGCCAUGUGAUGCCCCGGCCCUUCACCUCCCGCCACACCCACACUUAGAAUCAAACGAUUUAUUAUUUAAUUCAACAAGAAACAACAACUACUACAACUACAGCAGCAACAACAAAAGCAAAAAAAAGGCAUUAGCAGCAGCAGCAACGUCAACUGUUUCAAAUAAUAACAAUAAUAAUUUUUCAUAAAUUUGUAAUAAUAAUAGUAAAACGAUUGGAAGGACGCGCAUGCGCCGCCGCCAUCUUACGAUGAUGAAUUGAUUCUUCGACUGUCCUUGUCGUCGCCAUUAUUGGUUUUUUUUUUCUUCCGCAACUGUACAUUCGCUUUCGUUCGUUUGUUGGGUUUGUUCCUCUGUCGCCACCGUACACAACAGUCUCCCCCGCCUCCUCGAGCACACCACCACAACCACCAGCAGCAGCAGCAGUAAGCAAGCACCUGACGAUGUUGAUGCUAGUGUUUUGAUUUUCUUAAAAUAUUAUUAUUGUUGUUCCUUUUUUUUCUUGAAAAAAAAAAAACAAACAAAAAAGUCAAUCGACAUCAUCCAUCAAGAUAAUUGUAACUAAGAUUAUUAUUAUUAUUGGAUAUAUCCUAUUUUUUAUUUAAUAUAUAACUGUGGUUGUAAAACGGACUGUCUUCUGUGGUUGGUUGGUACAUACAUAGCGUCCAUCGUGUCGUCGUGGUACAAAAACCUCCCCGUUCAAUAAUGAAUGAUAAUAAUAAUUUGCCGUUGUUGCGAUCUCCUCUCUAUCGGUCUUUGUUGUUUUCUGGGGAGGGCGGCGGGUCCAAGCGCUCGCUCGUACUCCCCCGCCCGUUUGCGCGCGUAUCUGUGCUGCUGUGCGCGCGCCCGCCCGCCCGCGGCGUUACACCGACCGCCCUGCCCCUUCCAAAAAAAUAAUAAAAUGUGUGCGCGUGACACUAAAAAAAAACACACAAACAAACACACGCAUACACACCUGUAUGUAUGUAACUUUAACUGUUAGAUAAAUUAAAUUUAUAGGUCUUGUGGUUCAGCUUAGGUGUAUUAUAUAAUAAAACUUAUCAUUCUAAUUAUUAUGCUGGUGUUUCUUAGCAUGUUGCCACAUAUAUAUUUAUAUAUGUACGUACUACGAUUAUGCGGGAGGGUGGGAAUUGGGAAAAGGUUUGCUUGCUUCUCCACCUGUCCCGAUUCUCUCCCUUCUUUUUUCUUUUUCACUUCCCCCCCGUCCUUUUUCAUGAUCCUCUUCUAUUACGAUGCGAAUGCGCGGCGCCGUGCGGCCACAGUCCGCGUCCAGACUGUUCUCUUUCCUUCUUUUUUUUUCUCUCUCAACUGUUACUAGGAGUUGCAUUACUUUAUUCAUGUGUGUGUUGAAUUUUUAUUUAGUUAGUGAAUUUUAUGAGAAAUAUUGAAUAAAAAUCUAACUUUUUGAAAACUCAUAGUGGAAGUUAUUUUGUCGUCGGGCGCGAUUUAAUAUAUAUAUAUUAGUCGUUGUUGACUGUCUUCGAACGUAAUCAAAAAACGUAAUGUAGCAACAAAUGGCAGUGAUUUCUUUUGUUUCCUUUGUUGCUUCUAAAAAAAAAUUGAAAGUUAAAACAGUAGAACCAAAUGACAGCAUAUUGUGACAGUCAGUUUGAUCCAUACGGGGUAUUUAUACAUACAUAAAUAUAAAAUGUACUUUCAGUUUUCUUAUCCAUACAAUUUAAAUUCGCUUGUAAAUAUGCUAACGAUAAUAAAUUAGCUAGAAUUCUAGAAAAGUAUCUCUUAUCAACAACUACCCUCGUAAUACAUUAGAAUAGUACUACAUGCAACGCGUUAGAGGUGAAAAUUUUAAAUAGAAUCUCACUUUUUGGUUUUGUGUUGAUUCUACAAGUGAAUAGUGAAUGCUAUUAGUUAUUUCGUUUCGUCAUAGUCAUUGAUAGUAAUGAUGAAGUCGUUUGUAUUUUUGCCAAAUUUUGGCUUAUUUUUAUAACUUCAAGUGUUGGAGGGGCGCCAAAAGUAAAAGUGAAUCAAUUUAUUUUUAAAGCAUUGAACAAGUGAUGGAUUAUUGAAAAAAAAUAUUGGUCAUUGGCAAUUGGUACUGUACAUUUGUUACGACAAAUUGGUGCUUAAAAUGAUGUUUUAAUAUAGUCUUUAUUUCUCUUAUCAACAAAAAGUAAUUUUCUUAGUCUCCACCGCAAAUUCGUUAUUUUUAUAUUUUAUCAUAGUUAUUUAAACUGAAUGCAUAUUUUGUGCUAAUCAUUUCAAAGUUACUUUAUUUUGAACGUUGUAGGAACUAGUCUGUUAUUAAAUUAUAUUAAUCGUUGACUAUCAUAAAAACAGGCUCUUAUGUUACAUUUAAUAAAUAUAAAAUUAUAUAGGUGACUUUCUAAUUUCUAAUUGUUCCUAUUACUACGAAAACAGAUAGAAUUCUAGAGGAAGGCAUACAAGACAGAUUUCCAGGAUUUUUAAAGUGUUAUGUAUCCUUUUUAAAUGCACCGGUAGAAUAAUAUUUUAAAAUAUUCCAUGAAAUUUGGAAAAAUGCCUCAAGUAAUAGCUUAUUAUUUUCUCUUGUUAUUCAUAGGGUAUUUGUUAUUAUAAUAACGUUAGGUAAUCUAUUUAAUCCAAAAAAAAAAGUCCACAAAGUACCCACAUUGUAAUCUAUUUAAUUCGAAAAAGUCCACAAAGUACCUACAUUUUCUUUAAUUAGUACGAAAUGGGUAUUUGUAAAAUUAAAAUUAACUGAAGUAAAAGAAGUAGCAGGGAAAUAUUAAAUGGUUAUAAGGGGCUGUGUUGUAUUUAAAAUUGUGUAAUUUGUGGACGCCUUGUAUCUACACAUAGUACACACAUUAUUCUGUAAUGUUUUUACUUGUGAAUUUUUAUACGUAAAUAUAAUAGUGAGGAAACAGUG